GUCACUUUAAGAGAUUUCUGCGCUUUAAUCCAGGUGGUGCCAAAUUACGCACGGAGGCGUAAUUUGGCACCACUCCUCCUCCCCCCUCCGUCCUGCGGCUCAGUGGUUCGGUCCAGUCUGCGCUCAGCAGCAGCAGCAGCUGGUGGUUCCGGCUSCACAGAACCUCAGCCCGGUUCCGGAGCUGCACGCGGAGCUUCUCUCUGUUCGUCUCGUCUCUGCAGCGUGUUUCUGGGUUUUUCCCCUCCGGUGAUGAUGAUGGUGUAACUGGACAGCUGAUGUUGCAGAGCUGUGUGAUCUCAGAGGAUCAGGAUCUGUGUUCCAACCUCCCGCCGCCUCUGACACAUCCGUCCGUUGUCCGAGUCRUUUGCCUCCCCCAGCCGAGCAUGUCGCUGAAGGUCCAGACCAGCAACGUGACGAACAAGACCGACCCCAAGUCCAUCAACUCCCGGGUGUUUAUCGGCAACUUGAACACGGCCGUGGUGAAUAAGUCGGAUGUCGAGAGCAUCUUCUCCAAGUAUGGCCGGGUGUUGGGYUGCUCUGUGCACAAAGGCUACGCCUUCGUCCAGUACGCCAGCGAGAGGCACGCCCGGGGGGCCGUGAUUGGGGAGAACGGCAGGGUGCUGGCAGGACAAACGCUGGACAUCAACAUGGCAGGAGAACCGAGACCAAGCAGACCCAAAGUCUUGAAACGAUCGGCUGCUUCUCUGUACAGUGGUUACGAGUUCGACUACGAUUACUACAGAGAAGACUUCUACGACAG